GUUAUUAUCUUCUGUGUUUUGUUUUCUGGGUGUUAUUUUUUGAAUAAUAAAAUAAAAAUUGAUAUGCCGUAAGCUUGGGUUUAAUUUGUGGCAGGUAGUUUUCAAAUGAUGUUAUUUUAAUUUUUUUAAUAUGAUAGUUUUUAAACUAUUCAUCAUAAUUUCGUCUCUUUAGGUGAAUAUAGUAAGUUCGAGUGCCAUGGAUCCAUUUACGAUCCAAAAUCAAAUCCGAAACAACGCAGAAGAACUGCAAGAUUAUUUGAAGGAUCUAAGUUUGUGGAAUAAAGAAAUGAAAAGAAAGGAAGCAGAUUUAGAAGAUAGACCUUCGUACUCCAAAGUACAGGAGGUGCCACCUGUUCGUAGCAAGAGGAAGAAAGUAAAACAAGGUGUUGAAAGUGGCAGUAAGCAGAGUAAUCAAAGAAUUUCUGGAUUAGAUUACAGCUCUUGGGAAAAAUUUGAUGUUGAGAAGGCCUGUGAGAUGGUUGACGUGGACAGCUCCCAGAGUGAGUCGGAACUGGAAGUGCCGGCCCAGGUCCAGUACCGACUUAUGGAAGAGGCGUCAUUCGAAAAGGAAAAGGGGAACCAGUUUGUGAAAAGUCAAAAGUGGGAUGAUGCCAUUAAGUGCUACACCCGGGCGAUCAAAUGUUACCCUCACGACGCCAUAUUCUAUGCCAACAGAGCUUUGUGCUACUUGAAGACUAAAAACUUCAAGGCGGCGGAGACGGACUGCACGUCCGCGCUGAGGCUGGACGACACGUACGUGAAGGCGUACCAGCGGCGCGCGGCGGCCAGAACGGAGCUGAGCCAGCCGCUGGAGGCCGCAGGGGACCUGCGCAAGGUCCUGGAGCUCGAGCCCAAGAACUCCGCCUCCAGGCAGGAACUGGCCAGGCUGGAGAAGAACAGCCUGAAGCAGAAGGCAGCAAGACCAGUUCCUCAGGAGCCCAGAAGCAAGAGCUCCGUAGAGUCGCUCCCGGGGCCCUCUGGCCUGUGUGGCAUCAAGACAGCAGCUAUGAAGCAGGUGAAGUGCUCCACCAAUCAGGGCAUCGUGGAGAAGAUCAAGAAUGUGGCAGAUGAUUCGGGCAAAGAGGGCAACCAAGCUGUUGUCGUGCGGCCCAUUAAGAAGCCUCCGCAUCUUCGUUCGAAAAAGCCCCUGCGCAGGAUUCAAAUAGAAGAAAUUGAUUCGAGUUCAAGCAGUAUUCCGGCUGGGAGUCGCGGGACUGACUCUGCCGUGCCACCUGCACGUGAGAGCCGGGAACCAAACAUUUCGGAGGGUCCGUCGAGCUCCAGGACCGAAGUAGCCCCCGAAGAGCGGCCGUCGUCCCCGGUGCACGCCCCGCGGCCGGAGCUCCCGGAUCACCCCCACCCUGCGGACGGGGCGCGGGGAGGGGCGGGCGGGGACACACGGACACAGGUGCCGUCGGCCCCAGUUUCGUCCGUGCAGUUCCUGGUCGGCUGGAACAAGGUCAAAGAAAGUUCCCAACAUAUGCAUUCCUAUCUCAAGCAAAUCAAUGGUGCUGACCUUCCAAAACUCUUCCAAGAUUCUUUGGAAAGCAACAUACUCAGCGGCAUCCUGACGACUCUGGCUAAUGAGUUUACCAAAGCAGGAAGCCCUGUGUAUUCAUACCUGUUAGGCCUUAGCAAUGUCCGAAGAUUCUCAACUCUCUCUCUGUUCCUAUCCAAAGAAGAGAAAGAACGGAUUCGUAAACUGCUGGACUACUGUUUGGGACGUGGAGAAUGUUCAGAGGGUGAAGCAUCAGUGCUAAGGGAAAAAUACGAGUUGUGACGACUGCAUGGAAUGAAGAGAAAAUUACUAUUCCGCACUUCGAGAACCAACAGCCUUGCAUUCAGUAGUGAAAGGUACAAUGCAAUCAUAUCCUGUCUUCAAGAAGGAAUAUUGCUUUUUUUUUUGUCUGAUAAUUAGUUUAGUGCCUGACUGGUAGAUUUUUUUUUCUUUCAAACUUUUUUCUUGUAUUAUAUAGUGAAUAAAAACUUUUGUACU